UGAGUGUGUGUGUGUUCCGGAGCAGCCAAAAAGAGGAGCUGGAGAAACACACGGACAACUUCUGCACAGCUGGACUCCAACUUCAUCAGACACGAGCGAAAUAAUACGGAAAAUAUUAAUAACACUAAUAAUAAUUCUUAAUAAUCUGCUCUGCUCUUAAUCUUGAAAUCGUUCUGAUGGACCUAUUUUGGAGAAUUCUGAUUUGAUCUUAUCGUUACUAAAACGAGAAAAAAAGAUUUUUCUUUUUUUUUUUGCAACAACCGACAAGAAAAAGAACUGAAAAAAACUGGAUGAAAAAAGCGUUCUAUGUGAAGAGGACACGCGCGCGCGCAAACACACAAAAGAAGGAGUUAAAGUGCCAUUAGUGGAGCAGCAGCUUCUUUCUCCUCCUCCUCCUCCUCCUCCUCCUCCUCCUCCUCCUACGGCGAGGCGGCUCCAAUCGAGCGCCGAUCACAUCGAUCCGCAGCGCUCUCGGUCGGAUUUGGACAAAAAAAACCUCACUCUCUCCAUCCCUCCUUCAGCCCCGUGUCUUUUCACCCCAUCUCUUCAUUCAUAACAAAACAGAUGGACAUCUGAUCUGAUCUGAAAGCGCGAGGAGUUUCAUUUUGGGGAUUUUCCAAACCUAACACCGCAUUCUGUCCUCCUUCUGCUCUCUUUUUCUUUAAAACUGAUUUUCUUCAUAAAUCGUGUUUACUGGGACUGGAUAGCCCUCAUGGAUACCGGCGCGAGCCAAACGCCUCACAUACGUUCCUGAGGAGCUAAAAGAGGCUGCCUUAAUGGAUGAGGAUGUGGAGGGAGAUGAUUCAGCGAUUGAGGAGGAGCCUGCCAUUAAGUACAUGUGCCAGGACAAGGACUUCCUCGUCAAAGAACGGCCAGGCUUCCACGACUCUCCAGCUGCAGACCUCUCCAGCCAUGAGAUGGACAGUGAGUCACACCUCAGUGAGUCCAGUGACCGCAUGUCAGACUUUGAGAGUGCCUCGGUGAAGAACGAGGAGGAUGGCACUGCCAAGGAGCCACUUACAUCACUCUCUUCAACUGCAUCCAUGAGGAUGACAACCUCGGCCCCUCCCAGCGGUGAGGAAGCCACUGCCACAGGCCCUGACAGUCUAGAGCAGAUGAAGGCUAUUUACACCAGCUUCCUGACCAAUUCCUACUGGUCAUCCCUGAACUUGAAUAUGACACAGCCUCCACCUGAAAAACCCCCUCGCAGCCACAGCAGUAGCAGCAGCAGUAGCAGCAGCAGUAGCUGCGGUAGUGGGGGCUAUGACUGGCACCAGUCAGCUGUAGCCAAGACCUUGCAGCAAGUCACGCAGAACCAGAACAGAAUAAUGCACCCAACAUCUGAGCCAAACCUCUUUAGCACUGUGCAGCUGUACCGGCAAAGCACCAAGCUCUAUGGCUCCAUCUUUACUGGUGCUAGCAAGUUUCGAUGCAAAGACUGCAGUGCUGCUUACGACACACUGGUUGAGCUCACUGUGCACAUGAAUGAAACAGGCCACUACCGAGAUGAUAACCACGAGACAGACAGUGAGGGCACUAAGCGCUGGUCCAAGCCCCGCAAGCGUUCCCUACUGGAGAUGGAAGGUAAGGAGGAUGCCCAGAAAGUCCUCAAAUGCAUGUACUGUGGCCAUUCCUUCGAGUCACUACAAGAUCUCAGUGUCCAUAUGAUUAAGACAAAACACUACCAGAAAGUGCCUCUCAAGGAGCCUGUGACACCUGUGGCAGCCAAGAUCAUCUCUUCAGCACGCAAAAGAGCCCCUAUUGAGCUAGAACUGCCCAGCUCACCAGACUCCAAUGGAGGCACUCCCAAGCCCUCUCUCUCAGAUCCCAGUGACCUGCUGCAGAAGACAGCAAAUCCAUACAUCACUCCCAAUAAUCGCUAUGGGCAUCAGAAUGGCGCUAGCUAUGCAUGGCAGUUUGAAUCUCGGAAAUCCCAGAUCCUGAAGUGCAUGGAGUGUGGGAGUUCACACGAUACCCUUCAGGAGUUAACAGCUCACAUGAUGGUGACAGGCCACUUCAUCAAGGUCACCAACUCUGCCAUCAAGAAAGGCAAGCCCAUCAUGGAGUCACCCACUACCCCAGCCCCUAACACCGUGCCAUCCACUGAGGAUAAGGUACAGUCAGUACCACUGGCUGCCACAGCUUUUUCCCCACCUCCACCUGCUCCCCCUCCACCUAGUAUAUCUCCUGCCAUCAGUGCUAUGGAAAUUAAAAAAGAGGAAAAAGAAGAAGAGUGCACCAAGGAAACCCCUAAUAGUGGCAAAGACAGGAAAGUGACAGAUGAUGAGCCUGAGGAGAAGUUUGACAUUUCCUCCAAGUAUCCAUAUUUGACUGAAGAAGAUCUGGAAGAAAGCCCUAAAGGUGGGUUUGACAUCCUGAAGUCACUGGAAAACACAGUCACUUCUGCCAUCAACAAAGCACAGAAUGGCACACCCAGCUGGGGAGGCUACCCCAGCAUCCAUGCUGCCUAUCAGCUUCCAAACAUCAUGAAACUUUCCUUGCGCAACUCAGGAAAGAGCUCCCCCCUAAAGUACAUGUUUUCUGGAGAAGAGAUUCUGUCACCCACCAAAACCCAACCUCUUAUCUCCCCUCCAAGCUGCCAGACCUCACCUCUACCCAAAAAUAACUUCCAUGCCAUGGAAGAACUUGUCAAGAAAGUUACGGAAAAGGUGGCCAAAGUGGAGGAGAAGAUGAGGGAACCUGGUGCAAGAACUUCCCCUCUAAGAAGAACUACACCUUCCCCUUGUAGUAGUGAAGCUGGGGACUCUGCCAGAGGGGAAUCCCCCAAAGAGAGGAGAGGAGCCAAAACACCAGAGAGCAAUGGGUCAGCAAAUGCUCACAAGGACUCCAAUGGUGAGGCCCUCACAAAAGAGUCUUUAGAGAAUGGCACUGACCAUGCUGUGAAAACUCCCGUCACUUCGCUGUGCAGCAGCACUGCAAUUAUAACUGACCAUCCUCCAGAACAGCCAUUUGUCAACCCCUUAAGUGCACUUCAGUCUGUCAUGAAUGUUCACCUUGGUAAAGCUGCUAAACCUGCCCUGCCAUCUCUAGACCCCAUGAGCAUGCUCUUCAAAAUGAGCAACAGUUUGGGAGAGAAGGCAGCUGUAGCUGCCUCCACUCCUGCUCAGACCAAAAAGACAAACGAGCAUCUCGACCGCUAUUUCUACCACAUCAACAACGACCAGCCCAUUGACCUGACCAAAGGGAAGAGCGAAAAGAGCAGCUCCAUGGGAUCAGCUGUAUUGUCCACCUCCACAUCAACUCCUUCUUCAGUUUCACCCUCCUCAACCAUUACCAUGGCCAAGGCAUCCUCAGCUGUGGCUUCAUUCAUGUCUAACUCACCUCUGCGUGAAAAUGCCCUGUCUGACAUCUCCGAUAUGCUUCGGAACCUGACAGAAAGCCAUGUCUCCAAAUCUUCCACACCAACCAGUCUGUCUGAGCGGUCAGAUAUAGACGGUGCUACACAUGAAGAGUCUGAGGACAUGUCACCAGCUCAGAAGCGCAAGGGCCGCCAGUCCAACUGGAACCCUCAGCAUCUGCUUAUCCUGCAAGCACAGUUUGCCUCCAGCUUGCGGCAAACGGGUGACGGCAAGUACAUUAUGUCUGACCUCAGCCCACAGGAACGCAUGCACAUUUCUCGCUUCACUGGCCUCUCGAUGACCACCAUCAGCCACUGGCUGGCUAACGUCAAGUACCAGUUGAGGCGGACAGGUGGUACCAAGUUUUUGAAGAACCUCGAUUCUGGCCACCCUGUGUUCUUCUGCAGUGACUGUGCUUCACAGAUACGUUCUCCCUCCACCUACGUCAGCCAUCUUGAAUCCCACCUGGGCUUCCGGAUUAGAGACUUGGCUAAAUUGUCCGGGGAGCAGUUGGUAAGCCAAAUCUCACGCCACACUAAGGAACUUUCCGAGAAACUGCUUUCGGCCCAAGCUCAUGCUAUGGCCCACUCACUCCCUAACCCUAACACCAACCCUAGCCCCCAUUCCCACUCCUCCUCCCCUUCGCCAGACGAAGAGGCCAAUGGCACCACGUAUCAGUGUAAACUGUGCAACCGGACUUUUGCUAGCAAGCAUGCUGUCAAACUUCAUCUGAGCAAGACUCAUGGCAAAUCCCCUGAGGACCACCUUAUGUAUGUCUGUGAACUUGAGAAACCUUAGCGGUGGUCAAGGACACUACUCUGUCUCCCAGUUCUCUGUUAAUCUUGCUUUCUCUCUGAAGCCUUCGAACUAACAUUUCUUAAAAGCAAGAUGAACUGACAAUGACUAACAAAGAACUAACUGCACAUAGAUGCCACAAAACUACUGUUUAGUUUCGGCACAUGAUGUGUGGGUUUUCCACCUGGAAUAACUCAUUCUGGUCCAGAGACAUUCUCUUUCCUCAUUUUAGGUAAAAAUGAAAACUGAAAAGAAAAAAAAACAAAAAAAAAA